GGAGCCCAGCCGGCUUUGGGGUAGUCCUGGGACGUGUCCUGGCUUCUGAGUCCCACGAUCGGGCGAAGGCAGCGGCUACCUCUUUCGACGAAAGGACUCAACGUCCAGUGCUCCAGCUGAAGUGUUUAAGGAGACCAUCUCCCACGCCGUCACCAUGCCCAACUUCUCUGGCAACUGGAAAAUCAUCCGAUCGGAAAACUUCGAGGAUUUGCUCAAAGUGCUGGGGGUGAAUGUGAUGCUGAGGAAGAUUGCAGUGGCUGCGGCGUCCAAGCCAGCCGUGGAGAUCAAACAGGAGGGAGACUCCUUCUACAUCAAAACCUCGACCACCGUGCGCACCACUGAGAUCAACUUUAAGAUCGGGGAAGAGUUUGAGGAGCAGACUGUGGAUGGAAGACCCUGUAAGAGCCUGGUGAAAUGGGAGAGUGAGAACAAAAUGGUCUGCGAGCAGAGGCUUUUGAAGGGAGAGGGUCCCAAGACUUCCUGGACCAGGGAACUGACCAAUGAUGAAGAGCUGAUCCUGACCAUGACCGCGGAUGAUGUUGUGUGCACCAGGGUCUACGUUCGAGAGUGAGUGGCCGCGAGUCCAAGAGCCGCCCUGGCUCACCACCAGCCCGUGUUCCCUGCUGAGCAUGGGCCGCCCCCCACCCCGACCCCUGCCCCCUCCAUUCCUUCCUUCUAGGCUAGUUCUCCCCUAACCCUGCUGGCUUCUGGGGGUGCUGGGAUGCCUCCUGAAGGGGCUCUUUUUUGGUCCCUCCUUCCCUCCCUUCCACCAACAAAGAGGGAUGGAUUGUGAGAGCCCGGAUCACCCAUCCCAGAGUCACUCGCCCCCCAAACCAGCCCAGAGCAAGAUCUCUUUCCCUGAGGGGACCUGAGGGCCCAAGUGGGCCCUCUGCUUCCACUCUUUGUCCCUGUAGCCUACGUGGUGUAGAAUAUUUAUUGGUUAAUUUUAUUAAAAUGUUUUA